AUGAUGUAUCCGUUGAGUUGCCACGAGGAACACAUUCAGUUCCCGUACCCGUUUAUCAGCCCGCCGCGGUCGCUUCCGGGGCCGCCUCCAGGAAAAAGCCGUGACAUUUUCGACCCGCUCAAGCGCCGCGCAGACUCGCAUGGCGUGCUUUCAUGGCUGUUAGACGCUCGCAACAACCUGCGGCAUCUUCCGGAACUCCCGCCUCGCCGAGUCUGGGGCCGCGUGCUCUCGAUGGUCCCCGAGUCUGCGAGAGUGCGUGCCAAGUCCGACAGCGACAACCUCUCUGGGGAGUUCCUCCGGCGCCGCGAGCACCAGCUCGAACUGCGACGUCGACUGCGGGACCGCCACCAAGAACUCGAACGCGAGGCGCAGCAGAACGCGCCAACCCAGCCUGGCUUCCGAGGUGUACGUACACCCGAAGUGCCUGGAGAGGACCCGGCAAAGACGCGGCGGCCGACCGGCCUGUUGUCACUUGCCAUGUUUUUGCGAAAAAACGGCGACUUGCUCCGAGCCACGCGGCUGCGACCUACACCGCGGGCGAAUAUAGGCGAUCCGCAGGAAGAUUCUGACGACGAACGCUCUCCGUUACACGACGUUCUGAAUCUGUCGGACCCCGAGAGUUACGCGUUCCCCAACUCCGACGACGACGGGUGCAUUCUGCGCCUCGGGACCCGGUCCAAUCUGCCCGCAGAGUGCCCCGGCGCUCCCACCCGCCGCAAGAACAGCCAGGGGAGCACAGUCAGCAGCUCGAGGUCGAGAGGGAAGGGCGGCAGCGAGCAGUCCGUCCAAAAGAGGAACUUUCUGUCUCCGGAAGACGGCCCACCGCGGCGAGGACGCGGGUUCCUCAGCAACUUGCGUCCGACGGAGGCUCGGCAGGAGUCAGACGAACGCUUCGUGACUGCGUGGUCUCACAACGACGAAGACGGGGCGAGGCUUGUAGUUCCGUCGCGGCUUGUCAGCACGCUUGACGAUUCGGCAGAGAACGGCAACGGCGGGUCCGACCGAGUUAGGUCCGACGACUCCGCCAGGUCGUUCCCCGCGGAGAGAAGCCGCGUUGCGCGUCUAGCAGGAACGUCUGAAAUUCUCGGUGACAAUGCUCCGCUAUCCCCGUUGCCGAGAGGCUAUGCCACGAGCGACAGAGACCGGAAGAAAUCGGCUCUCGCCCUCGAUCCGCGGCAUCUGGAGAAGUCAGUCCCUUCGCGCGAAGCAACUCACUCGAGAGAAGCUUCUGGACGUUUCCAGAGCCUCCAAGCUAGCUCGCGGGGGACCUCAUACACUCCCGGUGACUUCGGUGAGACCGCCGACGCGACCGCCAACUUCCCGGCAAACGACCAAUACCUCCGGCCGCUACACCACCCGUUUCCUCUGUCUCACCACGGCCACCACGUCUCCCUGCCUAUGUUCUCCCGCCUCCCGGAGCACCCGUUCUCGCCGGCGUCGGCAUGCACGCCCACUCAGAAGGUGUUGCCUUACACUCUGAAGGACUUGCCAGACAGUCCAGGUCCGCAGACGAGGCCGUACAGGCCAGCGAACUCGAAGAUUCGCCGCGGAAACACGAGCGUAGAGAAGAGCCGCGCGCGGGACGCCUCGACGCGCAGACGCAGAGACGGCGCCGGCUGCUCGGUCUCGCGCAGAAAACCGAAGCCGGGCCGGGCAAGUGCUGAGAAGCGCAAACCCCUCGUUCCGAUGUACAGACAGAGCCCCAGUCAAGGGAUUCAGCCGCUCGAAAGACGACCUGUGCAGGCUUCAGAGGAUUUCGGCUCCUGCGACAGACUUCUCGAAGAGUGGACGGAGUACCGCAAAUUUCUCGAGCAAAGGCUGCACGAUGGCGAAACAAGGGAAGCCAGGGGAACCGCUGCACACGGUUACGCGACCCGCCUCGAGUCCCCGGCGAGUGAAGCUCGGCCUCUCUCUGGAAGACUGGAGUGUCUCGGCAGCUCCAGUGCGCGAUCCGCGAGAGGCGCUUCGGGCGGAUCGGAGCGUUGUGGACCCUGCUGUGGCACCGAGGAAGCGACGCGGGAGACAGGCGUUUCUGGAAAAACGUCUUUUUGUGGGUGGGUGAUGGCCGGAAGCUCCAGUUCCGACGGUGUCGGCAGAUUUGUCGGUUCUGUCCCGCGUGUCGACCGAUAG